AUGACUGAAGUAGUUGUAAAGGACGCUGAAGUUCUCCAUCUUCUUAAAACGUUCGACACAGAUAAAGCUGUGGGGCCAGAUAAGGUCAGUCCAAGACUAUUACCCACCUGCGCUGACCUGUUGGCUCCACCUCUCACAAAAAGCAAGCAACAAAGCAAGCAACAAAGCAAGCAACAAAGCAAGCAACAAAGCAAGCAACAAAACAAGCAACAUAGCAAGCAACAAAGCAAGCAACAUAGCAAGCAACAAAGCAAGCAACAAAGCGAGCAACAAAGCAAGCAACAAAGCAAGCAACAAAGCGAGCAACAAAGCAAGCAACAUAGCAAGCAACAAAGCAAGCAACAAAGCAAGCAACAAAGCGAGCAACAAAGCGAGCAACAAAGCGAGCAACAUAGCAAGCAACAUAGCAAGCAACAAAGCGAGCAACAAAGCAAGCAACAUAGCAAGCAACAAAGCGAGCAACAAAGCGAGCAACAUAGCAAGCAACAAAGCAAGCAACAUAGCAAGCAACAAAGCAAGCAACAAAGCAAGCAACAAAGCGAGCAACAUAGCAAGCAACAAAGCAAGCAACAAAGCAAGCAACAAAGCAAGCAACAAAGCAAGCAACAUAGCAAGCAACAAAGCAAGCAACAAAGCAAGCAACAAAGCAAGCAACAAAGCAAGCAACAAAGCAAGCAACAUAGCAAGCAACAAAGCAAGCAACAAAGCAAGCAACAAAGCAAGCAACAUAGCAAGCAACAAAGCAAGCAACAAAGCAAGCAACAAAGCAAGCAACAAAGCAAGCAACAAAGCAAGCAACAAAGCAAGCAACAAAGCAAGCAACAAAGCAAGCAACAAAGCAAGCAACAAAGCAAGCAACAAAGCAAGCAACAAAGCGAGCAACAAAGCAAGCAACAAAGCAAGCAACAAAGCAAGCAACAAAGCAAGCAACAAAGCAAGCAACAAAGCAAGCAACAAAGCAAGCAACAAAGCAAGCAACAUAGCAAGCAACAAAGCAAGCAACAAAGCAAGCAACAAAGCAAGCAACAAAGCAAGCAACAAAGCAAGCAACAAAGCGAGCUUUUUGCAACAAUUGAGAAAGCAACCCCAGACAACAACUGGGUCCAAUAA